CCUGACGAUUUGAGAUCGUGUCGCAUGUGGAUGCGGCACUUUCGUCAUCUUUUUCAUAUUAUUGAAUUAAAUUCUAUAAUUUAACCGGCCUACAAUCACUUAAAUCAUAAUGGUUUUGGACCUAGAUCUAUUCAGAGCAGAUAAAGACGGAGACCCAGAUAAAAUCCGUGAGAACCAACGGAAACGUUUUAAGGAUGUGGCACUGGUGGAUACUGUGGUAGAACAAGAUACUCUCUGGAGGAAAUUGAGGCAUGAUGCAGAUAACUUCAAUAAACUUAAAAAUGUCUGCAGCAAAGAAAUUGGUCUUAAAAUGAAAAAUAAAGAGCCGGUUGGUUCUGAAGAUGACCCAGUGCCUUCUGAAGUGGCUGAUAACCUGAUAAAUCUCACAAGUGAACAUUUGAAACCACUUACUGUGAAUCAAAUAAAAAAGGUGCGAGUACUCAUAGACGAAGCUAUAACAAAGAAUGAACAGAGUCUAGUUACCGCAGAAAAGAUUCGCUCAUCAGCUCUACGUGAAGUUGGAAACCAUCUUCAUGAAUCGGUACCAGUGGAUGAUAAUGAAGACAAUAAUGCAGUGGAAAGGACCUUUGGUGAUUGUACCAUGAAGAAGAAGUACUCCCAUGUAGAUCUUAUAUGUAUGAUUGAUGGCAUGGAUGGGGAGAGAGGAGCAGCAGUGGCCGGUGGAAGGGGUUACUACCUCAAGGGCCCUGCGGUAUUUCUGGAGCAGGCUCUAGUACAACUCUCUCUAAGGAUACUGCUAAAAUGUGGAUACACUCCAUUGUACACACCUUUCUUUAUGAGGAAAGAGGUGAUGCAAGAAGUAGCCCAACUGGCUCAAUUCGAUGAAGAAUUGUACAAGGUCAUUGGAAAAGGUUCAGAGAACAAAGGAGACAAUGCUGUAGAUGAGAAAUAUCUCAUUGCCACUUCGGAACAACCCAUUGCUGCAUAUCAUAGAGACGAGUGGCUUCCAGAGUCAGCUUUACCCAUCAGGUAUGCUGGUCUUUCAACGUGCUUUAGACAGGAAGCAGGUUCGCACGGUCGCGAUACGCGCGGUAUCUUCAGGGUACAUCAAUUUGAAAAGGUGGAACAAUUCGUCCUAACUUCACCCCAUGACAACAAAUCAUGGGAAAUGAUGGAAGAGAUGAUAACCAAUGCGGAGAACUUCUAUAAAACCCUGGGUAUACCGUACAGGGUUGUGAACAUCGUGUCUGGAGCUCUCAAUCAUGCUGCGGCUAAGAAGCUCGAUCUCGAAGCUUGGUUCCCGGGCUCUGCUGCGUUCAGGGAAUUGGUUUCCUGCAGUAACUGUUUGGAAUAUCAAGCUAGGAGGCUGCUUGUUCGAUAUGGACAAACAAAGAAAAUGAACGCAGCCACAGAGUAUGUGCACAUGCUGAACGCGACCAUGUGCGCAACCACGCGCGUUAUCUGCGCUCUGCUUGAAGUGCACCAGACUGAGGAGGGCAUUUUGGUACCGGAUGCAAUAAAACCUUGGAUGCCGGAGCAGUAUCAAGACUUGAUACCGUUUGUCAAACCAGCCCCGAUAGAUCUAGAAGCCGCUGCCGCAGCCAAAAAGGGAAAGAAGAAAUAAACACUUACAGCAAACAUACUCAUUCCUCAAAAGCAUUUUAUUUAUUUUCGCAAAGCUUGAAUGGUUUUUUUAUAUUUUGAGACAGACAUAAAUAAAUUUAUCAUGUGCCUGAGUUA